AAUCCAAUAAAUAAAAUAAAAUAAAUAUAAAUAAAUAAAAGCAGAGCUCCUUCAACAGUGUCUCUGCUCCUCUUGUAUAAGUAUAAAGAUAAGAUGAAUCAGGGACACAAAUAGGCCCAGUUAACUUCUUUCUCCUCUUAUGUAUAGCCUCUGUUGCCCCAGUCAGACCACUCUAGCUUUUAAAAAGAAAACACAACAAAAAAAAAGCUCAAUGACUAGUCACCACAAAGUUCCCUAAGAAGUAACUAAGGAGAAAAAAUACUGCAACCAUAUGUAAGCUACUUUGUUUCAAAUAUAAUCUCCAUCAAUAUAUAUUAUUCUUAAAUAUACUUAAAAGACUAAACAAUUAUUUAUGGAAUUAAGUGUUAAAGUUUUAGGAACAUCCUGGCAACAGUAUGGAAGAGGAUUGCUUUGCUCUGAAAAUCAUUAGGAAGCCUUUAAAAAUCCACUCAUUAAAGUCACCCUUAAGGUAACAGCACUUCUUUCACAUUCACAGAGGUGUGAUUUAUUAAAGCUGCUAGACAGUAUCCCAAUCUUUUCCUAAAAUGCAGAGCAUGCCUAACUAGCUCCAACUCUGCUUCAUUUUUUUUCUAGAUCAGCCAAAAUGAGCUAGAUACUGCCACCUGCUGACUACUGGAUUUUGUUUAACCCAAACUUUUAGUCAAAAUCUGUACUGUUUUAGAAAUUACAGCACCAUUCACCCACAUGCAUUAGGCAAACAUAAUAACAAUCUACAAUAGAUACUUCAAGGCAUUUCCCCAGCUAGCCAAGCCCUGAAUCUGACAUUCUGUCAUUUAGCAACGUCUAAUGCUCUCAAAAUUCUUAAUUUCACUCUGAAUACAUUCCUAAUGAUUACUAAAUUAGCUUUUCCUUAGCUCUACAAGAAGCCCAUUGUAAGUUUCAGGCACAAAAAAAUCCUGAAAUGUUGCCAUAUAAGGAUCAAACUUUCCAAUCUUUCAGAAGUCUUCAUCAAGCUGGACGUUAAGCUUGAUAGCCAGCUCACAACUCUGUAGAGAUACACACAUGCUAUAAUGCAAUAUAUGUUUUGCUCUGUAUCCCCAAAUAAGUUAUCACUUUCUGGAAGUUCUGGAUCCAUUCUGAAUCAGCCACGAUUUAGUGUAAACAAAACGCAGAACAUUUUGCUUCUUGUGGAUUUUGGCUAAAACAAAAUCCCAGAGUGAUGUUACAGGGCGAGCGGGCAGGGCAAGUCUGGUGCAUGUUGCUCCCUCUCCUUCCUCUCCUUCCCCAUAACCUGUGAACUGGCCUGCAUGCCCCCCUUCAACUUCCCAAUGCAUUCCCUCUGUCACCAUCACUUAUGUUCCAGCACAGCAUAUCCCACAAGUCACCCCAAUUUUCCCAGUACUGUUCCUUACCCUCUAUCCCUUUAACAGCUGUCAAUGUCCUGUCAGCCUAUCCCACAUCUUCCCAGUACCUUUCCUUUCUUCCCUGCACUUGCCACUGCCCACAAACCCACACCCUUGGAUUAUUUCUACUGCUUCCCCCCACCCCCCAAUUUCUGCUAAGAAAAAACACAUCUUGGUCUAUAAUUAGAAUAGUCCUAUUUCAUUUAGUUUGGGCAUGCACUACCCAAAACUAACUUAUGCCUAAAAGCCUUGGGGGAUUUUUUAAAUAAUUCAACAGUAAAAAUAGUUAUUCAACUCAGGACUGACAUUAUAAGCUAGCAGCCUCAGGCAGCCAUGACAACCCCAGUGCUUCCUGUGGUUCCAACAGUUCUGAAUCCAGAGAGUUCCCACCACUAGUUAAAAUUCCUUGGGAAAUGUCUCCAGUUGCCUAUUCUUGUAGCUCAUCUCCUACCACAUGAACUCAAAGAGAAAACACAACCAAACCAAAAAGGUCACUGCUCCUGAAAGAGUAAGCAACUUACUCUCUUUUGAGGAGAUGGUUAGUACAACAGUUCAGAGUGAAAAUAGCUGUUUGUGAACUGUAGCAGAACUAGUCAUAAUCUCAUUUAAUUCACUCAGCUAUGCUGUUCAUUGAAGGUAGAAUAGUGGCAUAAUUCCAUCUCUAAAGGAGAGGAUGUAGAUCCCGCCCAGUCUCUGUUUCUUCAGAGGAAGAAGGAUUUGGGCAUAGUGAGAGUGGAAAGAGCAAGUUGGCCAAUCACAUCUACAUUCCCCAGAAAACAAGAGUAGGAGAGGCCUGGAAUUGGUCCUGAUCUUGCCUGUGCCUACUUCUUCCCCAUCUAGGGCACAAGACUGGACUGAUUGCUACUUAAAACUUAAUGGGUUGAUAGCAGCUCCUGCUACAGGUUGUGUACAAAACGUCACCCUUAAUGGAAACAGCAAUACACCACCUAUGUGGAAGUUAAAAGCAAGCACUCCCACACCCAGAUACCACCGUUUGCUUUCUUCUGAUGGUGCAGAGUAUCAAACUAGACAGGCAAGGGACCAAAGGGGUGAUGCUGCUGGUUUCCCCCCAAAUUGGAAUCCAAUCACUCAUCCCCUCUCAAUUAAAAGUGAACAUGUCUGCUUCACAGAGAAGCUAUUAUUUCUCUAAGGCUGCUUCCCCCCAAUCUGAGUGGAUAUUCUAGCCCUGCAAGGACGCCACGCUGCUUCCCUCUCUCAAACCACGGGCGCGACCGCUCCACCUUUGGGGACUGCGGGGCGGAUGGAACGGCCGGCACGCGAGAGCUCGAAGCCAUCCCAGGUAGCCCCUCCUUCUCCCCUGCUCCAGCCCCGCCUUAUUAGGCGGAGGGGGUGAGGGGGGAGAGAUGGAGGGGGCCGCGACCAGCGUAAUGCUGGGAAGAGGAAGCAGGGAAACGCUCCCAGGCGGCAACAGCGGCGAGAACAGCGCCUGGAGGGGUCACGAACUCUGACCUUUUGCCAAAAGGCACCAGCCUCCCCCCGAACAAUUAACCACCACUCCUCCUCCCCCCGCUCCUACGCGCAAGGCUGGUUAACCCCUUCGGUGCCGCUAUCUCCGCCUUCCGCUCCCCCUCCUUGGUGGAAGGCGGGGGGGGCCUCACGAACCAGGCCCGGCCGAACCGUUACGAGGCAUCCGCGGCCAAGCUCGCUUGGCACCAAAUCCUGAGGUUCUCUAAUGAUCUUCUUUCACCAUGGCAACCAAUAUGGAGGUGCUGGCUCAGCAAAUAGUGGAGACACAGCAGGUGGCUGAGGUCCAAACUGUCCAGUCAACCUUAUCUGAAACUCCAGUGAUGACCAGCCCUUCCCAGCGCAUCCAGAUAAUCUCCACAGAUUCCACUGUAUCAUCACCACAACGGAUUCAGAUUGUCACAGAUCAGCAAACAGGGCAGAAAAUUCAAAUAGUGACGGCAGUGGAUUCAUCAGUAUCUCCAAAGCAACAAUUUAUACUUGCUAGUCCAGAUGGAACAGGAACAGGGAAAGUGAUAUUAGCUGCACCUGAGGCUUCUAAUACUAAGCAACUUAUUUUUACCACCACAGAUAAUAUUGUGCCAGGCAGAAUACAGAUUGUCACUGACUCUGCCUCUGUGGAACGUUUGUUGGCUAAAACUGAUGUCCAGCGACCACAGGUAGUAGAGUAUUGUGUUGUCUGUGGAGACAAAGCUUCAGGUCGUCAUUAUGGUGCUGUCAGUUGUGAAGGAUGCAAAGGCUUUUUUAAAAGAAGUGUGAGGAAAAAUCUGACAUAUAGUUGCCGUAGCAACCAGGAUUGUAUCAUCAAUAAACACCAUCGGAAUCGUUGCCAGUUUUGUCGGCUCAAAAAAUGCCUUGAGAUGGGAAUGAAAAUGGAAUCUGUACAGAGUGAAAGGAAGCCUUUUGAUGUGCAGCGUGAGAAACCAACCAACUGUGCUGCUUCAACAGAAAAAAUAUAUAUCAGAAAGGACUUAAGAAGUCCUCUAAUAGCAACCCCAACAUUUGUUGCUGAUAAAGAUGGGGCUAGAUCAGCCAAUCUUCUUGAUUCAGGGAUGCUUGUAAAUAUUCAGCAGCCUUUAAUACGGGAUGAUGGUACAGUGCUACUUGCUACAGAUCACAAGGCUGAGACAAGCCAAGGUGCUUUGGGAACACUAGCAAAUGUUGUAACAUCACUUGCCAGCCUCAAUGAAUCACUUAAUAAUGGAGACACUUCAGAAAUUCAGCAAGAAGACCAAUCCGCAAGCGAGAUUACUCGGGCAUUUGAUACUUUGGCUAAAGCACUUAAUACUACAGAUGGUGCAACAGCACAGAAUCUAGCAGAUGGGAUGGAUCCUGCAGGUGGUGGGAAUAUUCAUGUAAUCAGUAGGGAUCAGUCUACUCCAAUCAUUGAAGUUGAAGGACCUCUUCUUACAGAUACUCAUGUGACAUUUAAGCUAACUAUGCCUAGCCCAAUGCCAGAGUAUCUGAAUGUACAUUACAUUUGUGAAUCUGCAUCACGAUUACUUUUUCUGUCCAUGCAUUGGGCCAGAUCAAUUCCUGCUUUUCAAGCUCUAGGGCAAGACUGUAAUACAAGCCUUGUACGUGCCUGUUGGAAUGAGCUCUUUACUUUAGGCCUAGCACAGUGUGCACAGGUGAUGAGCUUGUCAACUAUCUUAGCCGCAAUUGUCAACCAUUUGCAGAAUAGCAUACAGGAAGAUAAACUUUCUGGAGAUCGAAUAAAACAAGUGAUGGAGCACAUCUGGAAACUCCAGGAGUUUUGUAACAGUAUGGCUAAACUUGAUAUUGAUGGAUAUGAAUAUGCUUAUCUUAAAGCUAUAGUCCUCUUUAGUCCUGAUCACCCUGGUCUGACAGGUUCCAGCCAAAUCGAAAAAUUUCAGGAGAAAGCUCAAAUGGAGUUACAAGACUACAUUCAAAAAACCUAUCCAGAAGAUACUUACAGACUAGCUCGAGUUCUAGUUCGCCUGCCAGCUCUUAGACUGAUGAGCUCCAGCAUUACAGAAGAACUCUUUUUUACUGGCCUCAUUGGAAAUGUUCCAAUUGACAGCAUUAUCCCCUACAUCCUGAAAAUGGAAACAGCAGAGUACAAUGGUCAAAUAACAGGAUCGUCCUCUUAGAAGGAAUCAGCUCAUCUUGGUGGACCUGAGUGCUAUUACUGAUUCUUUUGGAUAAUGUGUACAAUACUUUCAACACUUUUCAUUUUCUUGUUAAAUAUUCAUUUAUUCAAAGGCAAGAUAAAAAAAAAAACUACAAUAUUUUUUCUAGGACCUAUUUCUGCCAGAACAAAUAUUUGAAUUUCUUUUCCUGAAAAGACUACAGUGAAUUGAUAAAUAUGUCUUUAAUAUGGUUUUUAUUUAAGCAUUAUCAGUGAGUACAAUAUAGCUUCUCUUAUGACAGAAUACAAAUUAAAAAAAACUAUAUUCAGAAUUUUAGCUUGGAUCCAAAAAGCUGCAAGAGUUCUCCUACAAUGGGACUGUCCUCCUCCCGCUCCCUCAUUGCAGCCCAUUUUUCUUUGCUUCCCCAAAAAGCCACUUCAGAACAGCAUGAAGUGUACCACACUAGCUUGUGGAAGAAGAAAAUUGCUUACAAGAUUCAUUUGAGCAAGCAGAGGGCUUUUUAUUUGCUGAAAAUAUGCUUUGAAUCCAGUCCAUAUUGUGUACAGACAUAAUGUUCACACAUACAUGCAUAUAGAUUAAAAUUGACAUCUAAAAUAGCAGGAUGUAGGAACAGUCAACACUUCCAAAGACUGUUUUAUGAAAGCUAAGACAGUAUCUUCAUAAUCCUGCUUCUAUGAGUAGUGUAAAUGAAUAAUAGCAUUUUAAUUACAGAUGUAUGCUAAUGAUUUCUAUGAAAACUUAGAGCCAUGGCAGACAAUCAUUUAUGCUAACAAAAAUUUAAUUGCAUAUGUUUAUUAAUAACACGAUUCUUUUAAGCGAAUUUCUGUACUGUUUGAAUUCUGCUAAAUGAAUAGAAAUGUUUAUAGCAUAGGUGAAGCAUAAGGUUUAUGGCUCAUUUGUAAACUUGAUAGAUGCUAUAGACAUUAUUUACACUGGAAAAUAGCACAAUAACUUCUUGUAAUGAGGCACCACUGAGAAUUUGAAGAGGUUUUGUGCUGUUUGCUAAAUGCUGUGCUACAAUAGCUUUUUUUUUUUUUAACCGUGACACAUCCAUCACUUAAGUAAUAGCGAUUUAUCUGUAAAAUAGCUUAUUUUACAGAUAAAUCAGCUUCAAAAACAAAUUUCAAACUUAUUCCUUCUGAGGCCUAGGAAGACUGACUGGCAGUUCUGAGAUCACUGAAAUAGCAAGGAAUCUAUUAUUGAGAUUUGGCUUCUUUCUGGCAAAGGAGUCCUACAGUCAGCUUGGAGCACUCCAGUAACAAAGUGCUUCAAAUUCCCAAGUGAUCUGCCAAAACAAUAUUAGAAAGACAGGAUGAAAGCAAGAAGCUGCUGUAGUAGUAGCAGUGAAAGGGAACAUAUCUAGACUAGCUUAGACUAGCUUCUAGGCUGUUUUAAAUUCAGUAAGUGUUUGGUGAUUUGGCAGAGGGGUUAGGAUACAACAGAUCCUUGGUUCUGCCUAGCCUGGUCACCAGAGUGUGGUAUGAUAUCAGAGCAGGGAAACUUCCUAUAGUCCCUGCGAUAGCAUACCAUGGAACCAUGAAGUUGUGUCCUAAGGAUUCAGAUUCUGAUUCACUCAUUUUCUCAGCCUGCAACCCAAUAUAUGUUCUGAAGCACAUGCCAUCAUUUCUACAGAAAUGAUGAUCACAGUAAAAGAAAAAGAAUAGCCAUUUUUAUUUACAUUUACAUCCAUUUUCCCAUGAUUGCAUAUGUCUUACCUGAUUAUCCUAUACCAUCCAAACACAAAUCAUAAUGACACAACAGACUUUAGUGGUUUUCACACAUUUCCGUGCAGAUAUGAGUUUGUUUCUAUAUACAUCUUACUUCUAUGUAGGAAAGGUACCAUGCACGAAGGGGGUCUCUGGGAUCAUUCAGAAUCUGAUAAGAAUCCACCUGGAGUCACAGUACUAAAAAUGCCAUGUAUUGUGAUCUGUCAAAAUACUAAGGCUGGCCAAUUCUACUUGCAUCCAGUACUGCCUUUAUAUUUAAUAUUAUAUUGUACAGUACUUCUGUAUUUCAAAUCACAGUUGUAAUUUUUAUUUCAUACAUGUAUCACUUUUUUCAAAUUGGCUUUUAUAUGAAAACAUAUUUCAACAAGUGUGUAAUGUAUACUCUUUGUUAAGUAUAUGGGUGGUUUCAGUGAGCAUCUUAGAUGCAUUUUAUAGUGAGCAUUGUAUAGAUUUUAAUACAUGCAAGUACUAAUGAAGAAUAAUACAGGUUAAUAUAAACUCAUAGUUGAACAGAGCCUUACAUAAGCAAUGUAGUCUUAUGGCUCUCUCCUGAGAAAGUGUCACUGAGCUCAGUGGUGCUUACUUCUAGUGAGUGUUUAUACUGCAUAAUGAUAAUUCACUCAGCAAAUUCCUAGCUAUGCUCAGAUCUUUUACAUUUGCCAUCCUUUCAUCAACAUUCAAAUUAAUUCACAAGCCACUGUUAUACAGAAGCUGAAAUAGUAUAUUCCUUGAUUUUGCUUAAACAGGAGUUUAGCUGUGUCAUAUAAUAUAUAUAAUUCCAAACGUCCAAAAGGUCAUUUGGAAAUAGAAUUGAGUCUGUCCUGGUAAGAUCUUAAAACCUAAAACUAGUUACAGGCCAAAUUUAUAAAGUUAAAAAAUUGGAUGAGGAAAGAUUAAACAACUGAGAUUAUGCUUUAGUACAAUUUUGUUGAAAUCUGCAGAACAAAUUAUGUAUACUGUUUUUAUUGUAAUAAUUUAUACCUCUAAUGCAUAUUAAUAGGUUUUGUUUUGCAUACUACCAUGAUUGCUAUGGUGGAAUAUAUAUAUUUAAAAUUAUUAGAGUAUGUAUAAUACUUAAUUAUGCACAUCUAAUAAAAGCAUAUGCAAUUUGAAUACUAUAAAAAUAGUAUUAGUUUUGAAAAUAAUUCAGUGCAAGAUGAAACAGCUUGCUGAAUUCUGUACCAGAUUAGAUCCUCUACAAACCAUUAAUCAUAUAUUAAUUUCAUUCUCUUGGAUUAAGUUGAACCAAACUAGUUUACAUCAUUUGUUUUAGUUAUCUAGGUUUUGGAUCAAGCCAAAAUACAUUUUUAAGUAGCACUAUUUUAAUGGGAGUGAGUUACAGUAUUUCAAUUAUUUUGCAUUCAUUAUUUAUUUAUUUCCUAUCUCACCUAGCCAGCAUAUUAUUAUAAACAUAUUUUUGCAGUUCAUUCUCACAUUAGAGGUAGAUGAUGAAGGAAUGACUUUAACAUUUGUUUUUCAUUAUGCCCAAGAGAACAAGCGUUCUUUUAGUUUUAAGUUUCUGGGAAGAGACUGUAUAAUGAACUCUUUCAACAAUUUUAAACUUAUUUUUUGUAAGAGCACUUGUUAACAGGAAAGUUUUUGUAGCAUCUAGAGUUUGGUAUCUCCAUUCCGAUUUUCAGGGAAGGAAAUACUGCACAGCAGUCCAUCAGAAAGUGGAGGUGCAAUAUAAGCCAUCCUUCACCGUUGUCUGCACAUCCUGUUGGAAUAUGUUUUCUGAACAUAAUUUUCUUUUAAAAAGUGUAAUCAUUACCCUUGCUUAUGUGCACACUGAAAAACUCUCAGCAUGUUUGGAAGAGUUUUGCUUUUGUUUUUCAGAGAGGAGCUGCUACCACUAUACUAAAAGAAACAUUUUUGAUUUGGAUGCAUUUAGAAAGCAGUAUAAAACUACCAUUCAGACAUAGAAAAUAAAAAAUAGUCUCUUGUUUCUCCACAUUGGAAUCCAUUAGGUUCUAUCCAGAAUCACAUAAUAGGACUUAGUCUGCUUCUCCUCUAUUUGCAUUUUUCCAAAUCUGCUCUGGCGUUCUGCUAAUCUAGAGCAGAUUUGCAGAGCUGCUUUGAGUAGAAUGAAUGCUACGUGUUCCACUGGCAGACAAAUAUAUUUUGCUCAGUGGGUAAUUAUCAUAGAAGUCAUGUGCCUGACAUCAAUGACAGCAGUGGAGGUUUUCACAGUUGGUGUCUUGUAAUCCUGACACUUUGUAAUUUGAGCCUAAAAUAAUUAUUAAAGGAUGUUUUAUUAGUAAGUCAUAGCACUUUUAAAAAUUGUCAGUAAGUGGAAAUUUUAAUCUAAUAUCUAUUUCUCUGAAGAUGGACAUUUGGGAUGAUUACUCUUACCAAGCACACUUACUUGAAAACAAGUUCUCUCAGAUCGGUAGGAUUUAAAUAUGCAUGUAAAGAUUGAAAGCAUCUGCAUUUAAAAGACUUCCUGAAUGGACGGACUGUUGAUAAAUUGGACUCAUGAAUUUUAAUUUAUUUCAAUGGGACUUGGACAUGCAUGACAAUAAGACCAAAGUCUCCCUGCUAUGGGAGAACCUGUAUGGCAACUUAAAAACCAUUAAAUAAUACAGUUUCCCUGAAUAUUUAGCUUGUACUGAAUUAGAUAAAAGUUAAGAUUGUCAUUUUAAGUAUGUGUCCAUAGGUAUUUCUGUUUUUUCAAAAAUAAUUAAAUAUGUCAUUUAGAGUUCAGUUCAAAUAUGCCAUACAACAGGAAGAGAGUUUUUUAAAAUCUCAAGACUUGACCAAGCUCUUAAGCACAAUUAAAACAGUGCUUUGGAUGCUGGCCCUAUUUAUUAGUUUGUAUGAUGUUUAUGUGUUAGUAUCUAACUUUGUGCAGUACAUUAUGUACAGUGUAAUAUAAAAUGUGUAUGUAUGUAUAUAAAAUUAUGUACAGUCAUACUCAUAUAUACCAGAUUUCUAUAUGUUAAAAAAGAUUUAUAAAUGCAUUGCAAAGCUUGAGCUUCCUACAUUUUAUAUUUUGUUUAAAGCUUGAUAUAAUCAUAUGCCUCCCUCUCCUUUUUCUCAGCACUGUUCCUAAACCUAAUUGCACUUUGUCUUAAAUACUGAAAGAAACUAUCUAAUAGUUCCACAUUUUAUUUGUUAAUAUUCACAAGCCCAGCUUAAAUUAAUGGAGAUUGUGCAGUGACAGUGGUGGUGAACCUGUGGACCAUAAACCUUUCUGUAUAUUCUGAAUGCCUGCAAAAGGGGCUUUUUGUAUUUUUUCUGAGCUUUUCUUUUGUACAGUCUUCUUUUUCAGCAUAUGCAUUUUGAUCAUUGUAUGUUUUAAUGCUGGCAGUACAUCCCUUCCAAGUUGCUAAUUAAAAUGAUCAAGGCUAUCACACAACAGAUGUGUGUAAUUUUAUAAUGAUAACUAUCUUAUUAAAUGAGCAUAAGGCAAAACGCUGUGUCAUGAAUGUCACUAUUAGCUAACUGAUACAGGAUAUGGUAUCUUCUCAAUAAUACUUUUUUCUUUUUCUUUUUUGGGCAGAGAAACUGGUAAAAUGGCCAUCUUAAAUUUUAAGGUUUUUUUAAUGAAAAAAUGGCAUGAGAUACAACACAGAUGCUACCAGUAAAGUCUUGGGGAAGGUUUCAAGUAAGCUCUGAAGGGAAGCAGCUUGUGCACCCCAAGUGUUUUGUUUCACUUUGUACUGCCCUUGAUUCCUUUCUGGCCUCCAUCAAUAAAAAGGGAUUCAUGGGGCUGGGGUGUCAGAUUAGAUAAUUUGGCCAGAGGUUAUAUUAAGUGGUGCUAUUAAAUGAGCUCCAGAAAUAAUUAUGAUCAUACUAAAGGAGAAGUGCUCCUCUGUACAAGAACACGUAUAGAGGCUCAUAGAGGAAAUCACAGUAUGUGGAAAACUGCAUUUUUUCAGGUCUCUGCUUUGCCUCUCUCAAAAGGUCAGGUAGUUUGCGCUGCGUGGAGAGGCAGGGCUUGAUGGGAAUCUUGCAUUUUUUCCCCUUUUAAACAGCUCUUUUUCCUCCAUGCUUUGACACACCAGCUCCAUUUUCCACAUGUGGUUAAAAGGAGAGGGCUGAAAACUGGUUCUCAAGCACCAUGACGAUCACUUUUCAUGGAGCUGUUAGGUCUAUAUAGAGAAAGAUUGUCUUCAGAAUUCAUUGGAAAAUUAAAAACUUUGCCCUUCCCAAUAUCACUGCUGAUACUGCCUAAGCCUUGUUUUCUGUAUCUUUUUUGAAAUGUAUUCCAGAUCUGAUCUAAAAUGUACAGUAUUGUAAAAGAAGAGCCUGGUGGAAAUAAAUGCUGCUAAUAAAGUUAUAUAUGGUCUAGCACUUGCCUAAUCCUGCACUUAAAAGACGUGAGUUAUGACUAGAAAGUCUAUAAAAAAUAACAAUGAAGUGGGAUAUAAUCCUGGAGAAUCCCUAUAAAUACUUUUGAAUUUAUAUUUCUCUGUUUUCAAGUCUACUGCUUAAACAUUUCUUUUUUUAGCUGAUGAACCAUUUUUGGCUAGAAGCACUCAUUUUAAAUUUACUCAAACUAAAAUUCUUCAUUUCAUAGUUGCAACAAUUGGAUUCAUCAGUCAUUCCAUUUAAAUCAAAUAGAAUUUUUCCUUUUCUAGUUGUUCUCUGAAAGGUUAAAAGAUAACCAUUUCUGCUUAUUUGAAAAAUUUCUUGCUUUGAAUGUGUGUAAGAGACAGCAUUUCUCAUUCACUGGGGCUUCCGUAACUGGAAGCAGAAAGAUUCCGGAAACUGUAGGGGUCAUCCUGAUAUUUGCAGCUCGGACAUGAUAGCUCUACAUUUUGCCAGUCCUAUUUAUACAAUGCAGCAGCAAAGACAAAUACAUUGUUAGAAGAGUAAAGUAACUUUGUACUGGAAGUACGAUACUCAUUUCACACUCUAAUCAGUUUAAAAAACAGAACUCUCAGCAAACAGCUGGAUAAGUUUUAAUGGUGUAUUGUCCAAAAGAGAUCAGCAUACAGUUCUGUAUUUUCUUUCAGUAUCCACAGAAUUCAUAUCCUGAAAAGGCUUUCAUAAUGAUGUACUACGUAAAAACACAAUGUAAAGCCAUUGUUCUGAACAGUUUUAUAAUGGAAAGUACUGCUUAUGUUUACAAUUGUAAGCAUUUGAAAACUCCCUCAAGCAUCGAGCUUUUAUUAAAACUCAAGUAUUUGCCACAAAAAGAACUGUGAUAAUAUCCAGGGUUAUCUUUUAUAACCCUGGGUUUUGUAUUGUUUAUUAAAAAGUCUACUUUUUUUAGUUCAGGUUUAAAACCUGCCAAAACCUGUUGCUUCCUCUUAAGUUUCUUUUGUGAAAUCAGCUUUGGAAAUGUCAUGGCAUUUAAAAUAGCAUGUUUUUUAAAAUCUGAACUUUUAUAUCUAAUCAAUGUCUUCAGUCUUGAAGAGAAAUUUGCAUUGUUGUGUGUGUAUAUAUAGAGUAUUGCAGUGCAUGCUUAUGCAUUUUAUUAAAUGCUGUCUAAAUGUGUCCUUACAUUGUUGUGGCUUAAUGUUGCAGCCUUUAAGAAAUUUAUACUAUUACAAUAAAUAAAUACUCU